AUGGCUCAGUCAGGGGCGACUCUCGCUCUCUCAGACAUUUGUACAGAGUCACUUUCCGACACUCUUCAAGAGUGUAUCAACGUGAGCAAGGACUUUGGAGCUGAAUGCUUUUCUGAACGUCUGGACGUUCGCUCAACGGAGGAGGUUGAUAAGUUCGUGCAGAACGUGGUCACCCGAUAUGGCACAAUCACACAUGUCUUCAACUGUGCGGGAAUAAAUCCUACAAAGCUCGAGCUCGAGCAGAUCAGCGAUGACUAUUGGCACCGACUCGUCGACACGAAUCUGAAAAGUGUCUUCACCAUGACACGGGCCUGUGUGCCGAACAUGAAGUCUGGGUCGUCCUUUGUUAACGUAUCCUCGGUCUGUGGUCUGAACCCGACUGAAGGAAUUGCGGUUUACUGUGCUACCAAGUACGCAGUCAUUGGCUGGUCUAAGUGCAUGGCCCUGGAGCUCGGCAGUAAGGGAAUUCGUGUCAAUGUUAUCUGCCCAGGGGCGAUUAACACCCCGACCAACAAUUCAGUGCGUGCAGGACCAGCGAUGCUACAGUCAGUGGCAGAAACAAUCGGUUUGAGGCGGGUUGGAACCGCUGAAGAAGUAGCGGAUGUGGUGGCGUUCCUAUUCAGCGACAAUAGUCGAUAUAUGAAUGGAAGCGUGGUGGAGAUUGACGGAGGGAUGGGAAUGCCCUGA